ACAAUUUAAGCUUCGCUUACUUUUUAAUUCAGCUAAUUUAUUACAAAGCCUACAAAAUACUUUGCCAGUUUGUGUGCUACCCUUGGUGGGUUCGGGAGUAAUCGGGUGUCGUCUUCAAACGCCGCAAUAUGACAAGGUUCAGUAAAAUAUUUGUGGAGCUUAUUGGUGCAAGAACCUGCCAAGAGUUGGCCAUACAUCCGGAGAGUUGUUUUGUUCAUUGUCUCAAAGAUAUUCCGCUAUAUCUUUUGUCUAACUUCAAAUAUUUUGUUCCGAUUUGUUUGCUCCCACUGCUGAUAAAAUUACGUAGCCUUAAUAAAAAUAAACUACGUCACACGUUUAAAUAUUAUGCCGAGUGUUCAUUGGUUGGAGCAGCCUGCGGCUGUGGCAUCAAUGCGUUAAUUUGUUUUUUAAGAUAUAUUUUUGGUCACUUUGGCUAUACUACUAUUGUCUACUGGCCCUCUGUUAUUGGUGGAUGUCUAUAUAAUUUGGGUUCAGAACGUGUCAAAACAUUUUUCGAAACAAGUGUAUUUCAAUGUAUCACCGAAACAUUCUUCCUAAAGCGUCACAAUUUUGUUAGCCACCUAAUUGCCGAUUCAAAAUAUCUACAAACCUAUAUAUUUAUGAUUUGCAGUGCCCUAAUACUGCAGGGCAAAUAUUUAUAUGGCCUUAAAGGAUUUUGGUUUUUACAACCAAAUCCCAAAAUUCCAGAAGUUGAGAAUACGGAGCACACAACAUGUCAACUACAUCCCAAGAUUAGCUGUCAACGUUAUCUCGGCCAUGGUAUGAGAAAAUAUUUUUUUCUUGGCCUAACAUUAGAUGUCAUUAAGGCUAUGUUGAGUAGAAUUAGUAAAACCGAUUCCGCCAAAUUUAAAAUUUUGUCAAAAAUAAAAAACUUUCGUAUACGUUCAACGGCCCUGCUAACAACCUAUAUUGGCAUUUAUAGGUUUACCCAUUGCUAUUUAAAUCGUCGUUUCCCGCAUUUGAAGAACUUAAAUCACAUCAUAUCGGCCUUUCUAGCUGGCUUCUGUUACAAUUUCUAUCCUCAAUUGAACAUAUUCAGCUAUGCCUUGAUUCAGGCCAUCUUUACACUAUGGAAAAUUGUUAAAAUCGAAAACUUCGAUACCGACAAUGAAAUAUUCAAAUUUUUACAACGCAUACCAUUUGCUAGUCUGCUUUUUCCUUUUGCUUUAGGUAAACUGGUUCAUUAUGUUUGUUUGAAGCCGGAAUACUGCAGUCCCUUGACAUUUGCCAUAACCAAUGGUGUUACAAAUAAUUAUCCAAAUGUCAUAAAAAAUGAACUGAAAGCGAUCAUACAAAAAGCCAAAGCCGAAUGUAAAUAAAGAAUAGAAAAUGUGUUAAAAACUUAUUUUUGUUUUAAAUGUUUUAAA